GGGAGGUAACUCUAAUCCCUUCUGCACCGAUAAAACAUGGUGUGGGUUAGAGUUUCAACACUACACCGGUCGGUGUUAAGAAACUUUUGUCUGUCUCGAAGUUUUAGUGCAACCGUAUCUAAACACAGGGGCGUGGUCGUGGGUGUGUAUGAGGAAGGUGAAGGGAUCCAGCUCAGUCAAGCAGGGGAGACAAUCAACAAGCAAUGUGGUGGGCAGUUACAGCAGCAACUCAAACAAGCAGGGAGGAAGCUGAAGGCAGGCAAGACCCGAGUGUUGUUCGGACUGGAUGAGGCUGGGUUCUCCUCCGUGGCUGUGGUAGGGGUGGGAAGAAGGGUCGGCUUCAACGAGCAGGAGCAGGUGGAGGAGGGCAGGGAGAGGGUCAGGAAAGCUGUGGCAAAUGGAGUGAGGCAGCUGUCAGAGGUUGGGGAGGUCAAUGUGGACGUAGAUCCGUGUGGAGAUGCUGAGGCGGCUGCUGAAGGUGCCCUGCUCUCUCUCUUCUCCUAUGAUGAACUGAAGGCAAAGGAUUCUCGCAAACCACGUGUCCAAACAUCAUGCUUCACUGACCACAUACAAGGCGACAGGUGAGGUCAACGAAAGAGUCAUGGCAGCGGUGUGACAUUGGCAGAGGGGCAGAACCUGCGGUACCUGAUGGAGGCACCCUCCAACUACAUGACCCCCAGUAUAUUUGCCAGGCUAGCCCAGGACAAGUUGAACCAGAGUCACCAGUGUACAGUCACUGUCAGAAACAAGGCUUGGGCUGAAGAACACAAAAUGGAGUCCUUCCUGUCAGUGGCCAAGGGCUCAGUAGAGCAGCCUCUCUUCCUGGAGAUUGACUAUCAGGGUGGCACAGGGGACACGCCCAUCGCCCUGGUAGGCAAGGGCAUCACGUUUGACAGUGGAGGCAUUUCGCUGAAGCCUGGGGCGGACAUGGACAAGAUGAGGGCAGAUAUGGGUGGGGCGGCAUGCGUGGUGGGGACGCUGUUAGCUACAUCGAGGCUCAGGCUGCCCGUAAACAUUAAAGGUCUGAUACCUCUGUGUGAGAACAUGCCCAGUAGCCGAGCCCUGAAACCAGGCGAUGUUGUCCAAGCUAUGAACGGCAAAACUAUACAGGUAGACAACACAGAUGCCGAGGGCAGACUUAUUCUAGCUGAUGCGCUCUGUUAUGCCGAAACCUUUAAGCCCAGCCUCAUCCUUGACCUUGCAACCCUCACAGGGGCUGUAGCUGUGGCUCUCGGCAGCGGUGCUACUGCAGUGUACACCAACUCCACUCCCAUGUGGGACGUCAUCCAGAAGGCAGGUACUCGGACAGGGGAUCGGGUAUGGCGCAUGCCAUUAUUCAAGCACUACACAAACCAGGUGACCCAUUGUGACCUUGCUGACCUCAACAACAUCGGCAAAUACUCCCGCGAAGGUGGCUCAUGUACUGCUGCAGCAUUCUUAAAGGAGUUUGUGACAAACAAGCGGUGGCUCCACCUGGACAUUGCUGGCGUGAUGAUGAACAAGGACGAGGUGCCGUACCUCGGCAAGGGGAUGGCAGGGCGACCAACCAGGACUCUUGUGGAGUUCCUCAACACCCUGAGCAGGCGAAAGCUGGAUUGAGAUCUGAUGUCAGGACUGUACAGUGUUUCACUACCAGGGACGCAGAUGUCACACCUGGUCAGAUAUGAUCCUCCACCUACCUUGUGUGCUUCUCUGGUUCGGAGGAAGCUGCCAUGUUUGGAUCAGCCAUGAAUGUGGAGCAGCAUGCAGCAUAAUGCUGGACUCUAUAUACUACUCAAAGUUUGAUAGGGUUAACCAAAUGUUAUUUUUAAUGUCCUCUCUAUAUAUAUUAUGAGAUGUAGUUGCAUCAUGGAAAGAUAAAAAGACAUACAUAUCAAAGUGGCCACAUAUUUUUAAUACUCAAAUCUUCAUCAAAUUUGAUUUCUCAAGGGAUUGAUUUAUUAAAUCAGAUACCCUAUACUGUGGGCAAUGGGGGUAGCUUAGUGGUUACAGUGUCUGCUAUGAAGAAUAUUUCUGGCCCCGAUUUCUCGAAACAAACUUAAGUCUGAGUUUUGACUUAAGUUAGAGU